UUUUUUUUUUUUUUUACUGUUGUCUUUAGGUUAUGCCAGAAUCUUUAGAAUUACCAGCGGAAUAUGCGCGUUACCACCGACUACUUACAAUUGGGAAUUUUACUGCUAGCUUAUCGUCCCAGCAUCAAAAGGCUCUAGGCAGAUUCCAGAAGAGACUACCCAGAGUGCCGCUGGACCGGAGACCAAAAAGGAGCUGGAGAGAGUGGAGGCGGAACUGGAGCAAGAUAGGCAACCCCCCCCCAAGGGAAGCCCCACCCUACUGCGGAAGUGCAGUGAGUGCCCUUUCACAACGGGGCAACACUCGGGUGGGGGCGGGAUGCUCAGGGGGGAAACCGGUGAAUGCCAUCUGUGAUGAACUCUCAUGAAGCUGCACACGGGAGCUGACGUCCACAGUCGGCAGGAGACACCACUGCAGACCAAGGACAGUAGAGGAGCAGGGUCUUCUUCAAACACUGGAGACUUACCCUCCCCCUGACCGAAAUAACAUCCCACAUCAGUCACCAGCAAUGUCCAGUCGCAGGAAAUCCUUCACCCCCUGCAUGAUCCGGGUUAGUGACAUAAUAGAGCAGGAUGACUCUGACGAAAUGGAAGUGUCCACUGCCAAUGUGACUAAAAAUGGGUCUUCAGAGUCUGUGGAAAAUCAAGACCAUACAUUACAAGGCACUAUAGAAGAUCUAGGAAGUGCGAUUGAAGCAAAAGUUGUGGCGGAAGCUGAUCCUAUGCCCCAGCUGAGGCAGCAUGGAGGUUAUGAGUGCAAAUACUGUCCUUUCUCCACUCAGAACCUCAACGACUUCAAAGAGCACGUAGACUCCAGUCACCCCAAUGUCAUACUCAACCCCCUCUACCUGUGUGCCGUGUGCAACUUCAGCACCAAAAAGUUUGACUCUCUUACAGACCACAAUGAGACCCAACACCCUGGAGAGACCAACUUCAAGUUCAAGAGGGUAAAAGUAAAUAACCAGACUAUCUUGGAGCAGACAAUCGAAGGCAAGACCAAUUCAGUUCUCUGCAAUACUGUAGACGGACAAGGUGGUAACGGCUUUGUCACUUUUCCACCGAGCAAACCAAUUACGGUGAAUAUCGGAAAGCCAAACAUGGACAACAUACCCUCUACAUACCCUCUACAACAUACAACAUACCCUCUAAAAUCCCUCUACCAAGGGAAUGAUUUGGAGAAGAGGUUGGAAAACUUUAUCCCAAAAGAUCAAAUCACAGCUGUGAACAUAAACGGCACAAUGAUCAUCCCUGAACCAACAAUCAUUCAAGGGCUCUCGUAUGUAAUGCCAUUGCUUCAAAGACCACCCAAUUUGUGUUCUGUACCAACAAUUGCUGUUCCUCUGAACUCCACCAAAUAUAAUCCUUCACUGGACAAUAACACAACCCUAAUGACAUCUUUUAACAAAUUCCCUUACCCAACCCAUGCUGAGCUGUCCUGGCUAACUGCUGCGUCCAAACACCCAGAGGAGCAAAUAAAGGUGUGGUUCACUACCCAACGGCUAAAGCAAGGCAUCACCUGGUCACCAGAGGAAGUCGAGGAAGCCAGGAAGAAAAUGUUUAAUGGCUCCAUCCCACCCAUACAUCAGACCUUCACCGUUCUGCCUACCCCAAUCUCUCAGCCUGCCAAAGCCACCCAGUCCCUUAUUCAGACUAGCUUUGGGCAGUCUAAUCUAGUACUGACAAGUAUUGCUAAUGGCUCAACCAUGACCUGUGCUCCUGUUGCAGUGACUGUAGCCAGUUAUGUGCAACCUCUCAAGCGACCCCUGACAACUUCCUCAUUCGCCCCAGAAUUAAAGCGCCCCAUGGCGGCCCCUGCAGAAGACCCAAAGGAGAAGAUACUAAUGGCCCCUCCUCCAGUUCCACAAAAAGAGAGACUUCCCAUGGCCCCACCCCGAGUGCCCCCAGAAUUAAAGCGAUCUCUAGCACUUCCUAUUAUCGCCUCGGAGAUGAAAAGGUCCUCGGCAGCACCUCUCAUGGCUUCUAAAGGAAAACUGCUCUUGGCCACUCCACUUGUGAACCCCAAAAACCAGCUGCCAAUGGCACCUUCUCCAAUCUUCCCUAAAAUGAAGAGGCCUAUUGUCACCCCUCAAUUCAAAAGUUACAUGCUGCCUCCUCCUUCAUUCGUUUCCAAAGACAAACUUCCAAUCACCCACUCUCUAUUGGCUUCAGACUUAAAGUUACCAAUCUCACCCCCUCUCAUUGCCCCUCAAGUGAGGAGGCCAACAAUAAUUCAGUCAGUGUGGACUCCCCUCAAGGGCCCAUUCCAACUCCCUAGCUUUUCCCAAGACGGCAAGAAAACAAAAACGCAAAUAACAGAGAUGAAGGCCGGAUAUGUCAGAGGACGUCUCUCUGAGGACAAAGUGCUCACCCCUCUUGGGGAAGCCAAUGGUGUCUCUCGUGGGGAUGCAAAGUGGGUUCAUGACCAAGGGCCUCAUGCACAGAACGGCAUUCUACAGUUGUACAACGAGCUAGCAUCGAAACCAGAACAGCAAAAAUCAGUACAGACUCAAUUUCCACUCUUGGAGAGAAUGAAAGGGAAGACUUCUGAGCAGUUGAAGAUUCUAGAAGAGAACUUCCAGAGAAACAGCUCUCCAACAUACAAUGACGUUGACAAUCUAGUGACUGCAACCCAACUGUCGCGGGAGGAAAUUGACAGCUGGUUUUUAGAGCGGCGGGCGCUGCGUGACAACCUUGAACAAGCUCUUCUAAACUCCAUGGGCUCAAAGAGACUCAACGUUGAUAAGCGUCAGCAACAACACGGACCGCUGAAUGGUGUGCGCAAGCAAGGUGGCCAUCCAAGAAGCUCUCCCUUUGCCAUCAUUGCCCCCACCACCACUUGCUCAGUGCCUCUAGACAGCAAAUCCUUGGCUCUUCUCAAGGAUGUUUUUGCACAAACUCGGUGGCCUUCCCCUGAAGAAUACAAUCAGCUUGAGGCCCAGACAGGCCUGGCUCGCACAGAAAUCGUCCGCUGGUUCAAGGACAGUAGGUCAGCACUGAAGAGUGGGACCUUGGAGUGGAUGGAGUUUUUCCAUAAACUGAACAGCAGUGGGCAAAAUGGCGAGGGGGCGCUACUGAGCACAGAGAAUGCUUUCAGCAUAAUCCAGCGCUACCAGGAAGUAAAGGCACCCAAGGUGGAGGAUAUUGGGAGGCUAACGGAGCAUGCCAGUCUUAGCAGCCAGGAGAUCAAGGAAUGGUUUGCCAGCAAAUUGAGACAAAACACAUCUGAUAUCAGCCAGAAUUGUGGCCAAAAUGGAGGCUCUCGAGAGGGGUUCGGGAGCUGGAUGGAGGAAACCAAGGGGAUGGAUGCACGCAUGGGUGCUAAGGAGCUGGUCUCGGACAAAGACAGGAUGAUGGAGGAUGCUUCUGGAAGGGUGACUGGAUAAAGGGUGAGAACAGUUGCCACUGUCAGUUGCACACAGGAGCUGAAAAGGAAAGAGUUUAAUUAUUGAAUAUUGUAUUUUCUGAACAAAUAAUUUCUUGCUUGUUCCAUCCCAGUUUGUGCCCAACAUUUCCUCAAGGUUGAGUUAACUUUGUAGAACGUUUUCAAAAACAUGGUGGUAAUGUUGUGUGUGAUUUAGGAUGAGGUAGAAGGCACAGUGCACUGAAUGUGUGCCUGAAGCACUGACCAGGUGGUGAUCGUUGAGUGCCAAAGCUGGAUUUGCUGCAUUAUUACACUUUUAAAAAAAGGUUUCUUGUAAAUAUAUUUUUUCUGUGUUGCUACAGAUUUGUACAAUUUUGGGGGAAUUUUGUUACAUUUUAUAAUGGGAGCAACUUGCCCCUUUUUUUCGCUCCAGCUGAUCUUAGUGGUCUGUCCUACAUUUUGUAAUGAAACACCAUGAACCACUACAACCGUUGGCAAUAUUUCAGUCAGUUUUCCAAUGCUGAACUUCCGUUGCAGUUCCCUCCUGUCAGGUGGACUUAUAUCAAAUCAAACUAUUUACUGUUCUGAAGUGCUAUUGUACUCCCUGGACUCUAAGCCAACCUGCACUCUGGUAAGGAACAUGCAUGCUUGUUUGACCAAGUGAUGUUGUGGAUCAUUGUUAGAGAAAAGAAACGGUCAGUGGCAAAACCAGAAAGAAAUAAUCACAUUGAACAAAUCCAGAAUCAUGCUGCCUGCAUCAUAUUCUAAUCUCUUUCUCUAUUUGAUUUAUUUGUUGUCCUGCAAAUGAACAUACACAUCUGUAAUAGCCUUUAUACCUAUGUACAUGUUGACUUAAUAGAAGUAGUGCUAGUUCCAUUCCGACAUUAGAAACAAACCAAUACAAGCUCUUUAUGUACCGCUUUAGUGUCAUGGUCAAGACAUACAGUGCCUUCGAGAAAGUAUUCAGACCCCUUGACUUUUUCCACAUUUUCUUACGUUACAGCCUUAUUCUAAAAUUGAUUAAAUAUAUAAAACAUCAGUAAUCUACACACAAUACACCAUAAUGACAAAGCGAAAACAGGUUUUUAGAAAUGUUAGCAAAUGUAUUAAAAAUAGAAAUACCUUAUGUAAAUAAGUACUCAGACCCUUUGCUAUGACAUUCGAAAUUGGGUGCUGGUGCAUCCCCUUUCCUUUGGUCAUCCUUGAGAUGUUUCUACAACUUGAUUGGAGUCCACCUGUGGUAAAUUCAAUUGAUUGGACAUGAUUUGGAAAGAGACAUUCCGGUCUAUAUAAGGUCCCACAGUUGACAGUGCAUGUCAGAGCAAAAACCAAGCCAUGAGGUCGAAGGAAUUGCCCGUAGAGCGCCAAGACAGGAUUGUGUCGAGGCACAGAUCUGGGGAAUGGUACCAAAACAUUUCUGCAGCAUUGAAGGUCCCCAAGAACACAGUGGCCUCCAUCAUGGAAGAAGUUUGGAACCACCAAGACUCUUCCUAGUGCUUGCCGCCUAGCCAAACUGAGCAAUCGGGGGAGAAGGGCUUUGGUCAGGGAGGUGACCAAGAACCCGAUGGUCACUCUGACAGAGCUCCAGAGUUUCUCUGUGGAGAUGGUUGUCCUUCUGGAAGGUUCUCCCAUCUCUGCAACACUCCACCAAUCAGGCCUAUAUGGUAGAGGGGCCAGACGGAAGUCACUCCUCAGUAAAAGGCACAUGACACCCCGCUUGGAGUUUGCCAAAAGGCACCUAAAGACACUCAGACCAUGAGAAUCAAGAUUCUCAGGACUGAUGAAACCAAGAUUGAACUCUUUGGCCUGAAUGCCAAGUGUCACGUCUGUCGGAAACUUGGCCCCAUCCCUACGGUGAUGCAUGAUGUUGGCAGCAUAAUGCUUUGGAUGUUUUUCAGCGGCAGGGACUGGGAGACUAGUCGGGAUCGAGGCAAAGAUGAACGGAGCAAAGUAUCGAGAGAUCCUUGAUGAAAACAUUCUCAGGACCUCUGACUAGAGUGUAGGUUCACCUUCCAACAGGACAACGCCCCUAAGCACACAGCCAAGACAACACGAGUCUCUUCGGCACAUGUCUCUGAAUGUCCUUGAGUGGUCCCGCCAGAGCCCGGACUUGAACCUGAUCGAACAUCUCUGCAGAGACCUGAAAAUAGCUGUGCAGCAACACUCCCCAUCCAACCUGGCAGAGCUUGAGAGGAUCUGCAGAGAAGAAUGGGAGAAACUCCCCAAAUACAGGUGUGCCUAGCCUGUAGUGUCAUACCCAAGAAUAUUCGAGGCUGUAAUCCCUGCCAAAGGUGCUUCAACAAAGUACUGAGUAAAGGGUCUGAAUACUUAAGUAAAUAUGAUAUUUCAUGUUUUUUAAUUAGCAAAAAUUAACCUGCUUUUGCAUUCUCAUUGUGGGGUAUUGUGUGUAGUUUGAUUCGUUUCCCCCCCUCAUCAAUUUUAGAAUAAGGCUGUAAUUUAACAAAAUGUGGAAUGUCAAGGGGUCUGUACUUUCCGAAGGCACUGUAUAACAAGAAAUACUCCACUUAUACCAAGAUCCUGCUUACUCUUUUCAAAAACCAGUUGUCUGCUGUAAUCCAAUAAAACAGAGCCUUUUUAAAGGUAA